AUGGGAUGCUGUUUUUCUAGAUCUUCUGGCCCUAAUUCGCCUUAUCCUGGCGGCGCUACUAAUGCGUCUGCUCGCCACAUCAAUCCCCCUGCCCUUGCGCUACCAGAAAGCGUGCAAGCAGGCUCCCAAGUCUUGCCUCGCCGGCGACACCGAGAUCAAGGUCCACUAGAUGAACAUAUCAACAAGCCCUUGCGUCGACAUGUGUGGACAUCAGCAGAUCGCCAGUGGACGAAACAGCAACUAGAUAACGAGAGAGCCGAAUUCUUUGAUACUCGAGUAACUGGACGUUCGGAAAUAUGGCAAACAAUUCGCGCUGCUGUAGCUGUCUUGCAGGAACCUGGAGGUGAAGGUAGUGACGCCUUGGCAACUGCGCAGUCAAUUUUAUCUGCUGCAGAGAUCUCGCUGCCGACGGGCGAUCUUGCAAAUGGUGUCUACGAUUCGCUUGGCAACUACUACCAGCUCCCGCAAUGGGUAGUUUCCGACCCGAGCAAUCUUGCGACCCUCUGUGAAGGAGUCGACGUGCCUGACAUGUCCACAACUGGGGAUGACGACACCGCGGAAGAAGAGGUUGAUCCUGUUUCUCUCGUAGAUGACUCUGAGAGACGAAGGCAUGAAAAGGGCAAAGAGGUUAUCGAUGGUUAUGACCAGAUAACUUUACGAGCACGCCUUAGUGAGACCGGGAGGGAUUUUGAAAUCCAUGUCAGCAAAUCGGAUACUGUGCGAAAUAUAAUCAGAAAACUUGCCUGUGAAGCGUCACUACCCACCGAAAAGAAGAUCAGAAUUGCCUAUAUGGGCAAAAUGCUCAAAGAUAACCAGCCUCUUGAAAUACAGGGCUGGCAAACUGGCCAUGUGGUUAAUGCACUCGUCUUUAACAGAGAGUAA